AUGCUAUUCUCAUUAAGGCCUGUCGCUAUACAGUUUUCAGUUGAAUAUCAUGGAGACGCAGUAAAAAAAAAUUCAAUUCCAACAUUAUUAAAAGAAGAACACAUCGAAUUUCCAAAUACAUUUCAACAAAAUCAACCUAAUUCAAUAGAUGAACUUAGAACAUCUCCAACAUUAAAUUCAACAUUAUAUUCUCAAAAUCAGCAACAAAAUAAAAUAGAUCCACCAACAGAACAACUUAGUUUUUCAUUAGAUGAUAUAACAGGUGAUGUUGAUAAUAUUCAAUCGUCACUUGAUAAUAUUCGUGAAUUAAUGUUUGAUAAUUUGCCUGAAGGUACGUCCAUUGAAGGUUUAUUCGACGAGGAUAGUGGUUUACUUUCACCACUUUUACAAUCAACAACAAAUGGACAUCCAGUAGAAAAUUUACUGUUAGAAAGUCUUCCAGAACAAACACCAAAUACAGGUAAUAAUAAUUCUGAAUCAAUUGAAACAGUAAUACAAUCUCAAUCUGUUCCAAAUGUUAAUAACCAAUUACUUGAACAAUUAAUAACAGAAACAGCUAAAGUUGAAGAACAGCGUAAUACAAUAGAACAAUUAGAACGUGAAAAAUCAAAUUUAACAGAUAAAAUUCAUAUGCUCGAAAAACAAGCAACUAAAAAAAAAUAA